AUGGCUUCAUUGAAAGUGGCAGUCCGUGCUCGUCCGUUAAACAACAGGUGAGUUGCAGAAUUACUCUUUAAUGUUGUUUUAUUUUACUUUUAUUUCGAUGCAACUUUAGCUGAAUAUGAGCUACUUACUACUUUUCUUGCCUCAAUUUCUAUUAUUAGGGAAUUAGAGCUCGGAUCCAAAUGCAUAAUUCAAAUGGAGGGACAGAAGACAACGAUAUUCAACACGAAGGUAAUAUUUAAUGAGGAAAACUGCGAUAUUUUAAAUUUUUUUUUAAAAUACAUCCCUACACGAGUCCAACAAAAGUUUUAAGUCUUCACGACUUAGAAUGACAUCCUAGUUUCCAACAGCGCUUUGAAUAAGAUUCCAUAUUUUACUCGUGACGUGUUCAUUAUCACAAGAUCUACCAAGUUGCUUCAAUUCUUGGAAGCGGUCACGAGUAAGGUCUUGAACUUAUGUAAACAAGUUCUCUAUCUACUGUUCGAAACACCGGGAUUUAUUUUAUUUUACAACAUAAAUGACAUUUUAUCCAUUCACAAAUAAACCAGAAGAAAUUCGAUUAAUAUUGUUCCUCGUCGAAGAAAUCGGCGGGAUUUUGGUAAUGACUCUGACUACCGCGUUUCGGAAGUGCUCCGAACGUUUGUCCUCAACCGCAGUAUAUUUGAAUAAGGGCGUUUUGAAGUAUCUAGAGUUCCAGUUGAUCAUUUAUUUGUCAUCUAUUGAAGCAAAGUUCAGGGCUAGGCUAAUUUUGUAAUCAUGAAACGCGCGAUGCGUUUAUGUAUGAAAUUCAAUCCAUAAACACUCUUUGGAUUUAUCAAAACGUUGUUCACCUGACAAUAUGAGAUUCACGAAGAAACUUCAAACCUGGCAGAAACUGCGUCGCAGUGCUCGAAAACAAAGAAUAAAAGAUUUAUGUCUAAGCUAGAGCAGUGUACUUCGAAUCUGCUUGUCUGCUUAUUAUAAAGUCUAAUUGUUUUGUCGUUCAUUUCAAAGAUGGAUACCCAUGGGACUUUUUCCUGCUGUGAUUUUAAACACGCCAUUCAGUUUCUUUGCAAACACCUAGACCUUUUCAAUUUCUUUGUCUGCCAUGUUUCUUUUCUAAAUGCUAAUUUUUAGUUCUAAGUUUAUUUUAUUAAAAGUUAAAGAUAAGAAUGCACUUAGUUAUGCCCAGGUAUAGAAUAUAAUGGUUAAUAUUGCUUUUGACAGUAAUUAUUUGUUUGAGGAGAAAUUUGAGUUGCAUAUAAGGACUGGUAAUUGCUGACCUUCAUCCCUUUGUGAUACAUUUGUACAUGUGCUAAUCACACUUGGGUUCAGGUCACAUUUCAAUUUUACAACAUGGCUAUGUGAUCUGAUUUUUUGAAAAACCAUUAAUUUCAUAUACGGAGAUUUUGAGAGGAUAAAUAUCAAUUUUUAUUCCUUUCCCCUAGAUAAAAAUUAUCACACAUAGAGAUUUUGUGACAGUUAUUCCACUUUUUAACUUGCAAAAUUGUUACAAAUGAUGUCAGGGUGUCAGUGUGAUUGAUGUCUAAAAUUCCUGAGUGUCUAGAAUUAAAUUUGAUUAUUAAGUGUGAAUGAAUAGUUUUUUUCAUGGCUUGAAAUUGUUUCCUUUGCCACGACAGAGGGCAAUCCUGAAAUAUCAGUUAACUUUACCCUUUGACUCCCAGAAGUGAUUGACAUACAACUUUUCUCUUAGAUAUAUAUAUAUAUAUAUAAUAUAUAUAUAUAUUAUCCAGCAAAUAGGUAAUGAGAAUACUUAGAUUUAUCCUAUCAAAGUUGUCAUCUUGAUCUAACAUCAAAUUCUUGUCACUAAUUUACAUGGAAAAGUGUAACAGUUAGAGAGGAGAAUUAACAAUCAGAUCUUGGAGUUAAAGUGUUAAUGCAUCUUAAAUCUUAAAUCUAUACCAGAGUCAGUAUAUUUAUUUGGUGAUCUCACAAAAUUUUCCUUGCCUUUUGAUCCUAAUUAUUUCUGGUGGUGAAUAAUAGUUCAUGCUUUAUACUACUUACUCUCAUGAAUGAAGGUUAUCUUUCAACUGGAUUUUGAGCAACUGAAGGGCACAGGGGUGUUGCUACUUCCUGUUUAUACAAGUUGUAUAGAUCAUCCUUUCUGCCCCUCCUGUCGACCCUUCCAAUCCUCCCACCCCCCACCCCUUUCAUAGUUGUUCGUCAUGUUUCCCUAGCCAUUUACCACUACCCAUUUAUACUCCUGGGUGGAGAGAGAGGGGGAAUAUUAGGGUAAUAAGUGUCUUGCCAAAGAAAAUAAUACCAUAAUCUGGACUGGACUCAAGGGCUGACCUCUCAACCUGGCCGCAGUUGUUCUCACUACACUGUUUAAACUGUCUAAACAUUUGAGUGACACAGGUGAUAUAUGUUUUAUAUUCCCCAGUUUUUUCUGAUUAUCAUUUACUUGAUGUAAUGCAGACUUAAAAGCAGCUGAACAUUACUUUUUAUUUUGAUUAGGAAUGAUAGCAUUCCAAAUGGUAGAUUGCAUGUAAAAUGAAUUUAUGGUUGGGAGAAGCAUUUCUUGCAGAUAUGUCUAAAUGAGGAAAACCAAGAAUAGACAUUAUUAUUUGGUGACUCUGAUGUAUCUUCAUAGUGAAAUAAAUAUUUGGAAAAGUUAAUAUUUUUUUGUGCCAUUUAAGCUGUAUGGUGAGGUUGGAUUGGAAGGAGACAAGUCAAGAGAUAUCAAGAAGGAAUUUAUCUUUGAUUUCUCCUAUUGGUCGGCUGACUCUAAUGAUUCACAUUUUGUUUCCCAAGAACAGGUAUGUGCAAAAAGUUUGAAAUUGAUAUUUUAGGAGGACACACUGUGUGAUCAAACAUGCAUGGGUUUGUCAAUAUGGCAAUGACCAAGAUCAGCAUGAAAUAUAUUUCAAUUUAAUGUUAGUAAUGACGGCCACAUUAUGAAAUUUUGAACUUUGGUGUAAACCUUAGAAAAUAUAAAUGACCUUCAACAAUUCAGAAACCAUUUAUCAAAAGUUCUAUGACAUACGCACUAUCACCAAUAUUAUAUUAGCUUCAUAACUGUUAACAUGUAGAGUAACUUUCUUUUUUUGCAGGUUUUCAGUGACCUUGGUCAGGGAGUUUUGGAAUCAGCAUUUGAAGGUUAUAAUGCUUGUUUAUUUGCCUAUGGUCAAACAAGUGCUGGGAAAACUUACACCAUGAUGGGAACAAAUGUAAGACAAUUAUGCUUAGCACAAAUAUUUAACUCUUUACAAUUACUCAAUGCUAAUCAAUAUGUAACAGUUGUACAAUAUUAUUUAAUGAGUUCAAGUGUGUUCUAAUAUAGAAAACCUGUUUUAAAAAGAGUUUUGCGUUAAUUCCCACUUUAAAUACCCUUAACCAUAUAUUCAAAUGAAAGCCUUUCAACCCAUGAGAUACAUACUGUUAUAAUAUUUAAUAUUAAAUUUGAAUAAAAACUAGGAUUAAAAUGAUAAUAAAUGCAUUCUGGAGUAUACUCUCUUUAACAAGUCUCCCCUCCCACUCCUACCCCACUGCCCUGGAAACUGAUACACUCCACCCCUCCCUGGUGGCUUUUUAGAGCACUUUUAGCAGUUCUGUUCAGAUUAUUUAAAUUUAUGUCUUGACAUUCAAAAGUCAUUAUGUUGUAAUGACAGAAAGGUUUUCUUAAGUUAUUAACUCUAUAAGAUUUUUUUAUUUGAUUUAACAAUUUUUUUAUUUGUAGGAAGAAGUUGGACUCAUUCCCAGAAUCUGCAAGGUAAUUGUAUUAUGCUUAGGGCUCUAUUGAUUUUAGAUUUCCACUUGAGAUCAUUAUAAAUGGAUUAAAUUUGAUAUAGGGUUUAUCAAUAGAAACAAAAUAACUCUCAGUUAUAGACUGGAAAUAAAUGGGGUAAGUUUUUAAAGAAACUGUGAUGCUGUGUUGGUAGGGCAGAAUAACAAGAUGAAUUUAAUAAUUGAUAAAUUGGUCUCCAUAAAUGUUUUGUAAGGCUGAUGUUUCAGACAUUAGUCCUUCAAGGAUGUAUGACCAAAUUCAGCCGAUAUGAGACCUCAUUAAACUGUGCCAAAAAAUGAAAGUCCAUACAAGUUAACUGCUUUUGAUUCCAGUUUUUGCAUCUGACUCAGGCCAGGGGGGGCACAAGAUUAAUCAGAGAGUACACCACACUUAGGCCUGAGAAAUUUAACAUCUGUAUAAUAUUCUAUUCUUCACAGGGAUUAUUUGAAUACAUUAGCCAGAACACAUCUCUGAGUUCAUCAUUCAGAACUGAAGUGAGGUAAGCAUUGACUUACUGAUAUCAUUUAACACUUUAAUCUCUGAGAGUGACCAGCAUCUAAUUUCUUCUUUCUAUAUCAGCCCUAAAUCAAACAUUAAGGCCAUGAGAAUAAAGGAAAUGAUAUUCAACUGAAGAACCUCUUGAUUGUUAAACAAAUUCUCCUUGCCAGUUCAUUAGUAAAUGUAAAGUGAACAGUAUGGAGAAUAUGCAUACUGAUGUUAAGGUGCAAAGGGUUAAACUUCAAUCCUAAUUAUCAAUACUGUAUUCGGAGUUAUUUAUCCCAUAAGACACUUUUUCUGCCUGCCCCCCUCCCCACCCCACCAUGCAAACAAUUUGCAUCAUUGUUGUUUUUUAUUUCUCUUGCUUUACAAAGAUUGUUGAGCCCUGAAAAAAAUUAAGAAAAAAAAUUGGGAGGGGGCAGGGCAGGGGGGGAAGGGGAAAGAAUGUACAUAUGCAGGAAAUUAAAAGAUUACCACACUCAUACUCAAUUAUUGUGUUUAUUGAACGAGUAAAUUUGCCUUUUAUUGUCGUUGCAGCUAUCUUGAAAUUUAUAAUGAACAUGUCCGUGACCUGUUGAGGCCGCAGAAGUUGAAAAAGCUUCCUCAGCAGAAUUUAAAAGUGCGUGAACAUCCUAAAGAAGGGCCGUAUGUGGAAGGUAACAAUUAACACACAUUAUUCACGUUCAUUAAAUUGCGUUAAGUUGUUUACAUUGAAUUAAGGCUAUAUUAAUGAACUCUCUUUGUUUUUCACUUUCUGCAGGGUUGACAAAGCAACAUGUUUCUGAUUAUGAUUCAAUUGAAGUUCUUAUGGAACAAGGGAACAGGCUAAGGUUUGUACAUUAAGGCUAUUGGGGUUAAUCUGCUAUUUCAAGCAACUUAUCUCGAAGAUAUUUACCCCAGAAAAAAAUUCAGGCUUUUUUCACCAAUUGCUAAGCUCUGCUAUAUACGUUUUUACAAUCGUGAAUUUCACUUAUCACUUACUUUGACUGACCGCUGACGAACAAUUGUAGGCUGUGAAUAGCUGUUGUUUGUGGUCUCAGUGGUAGUUAAUUUAACAGCAGGAAGCGUGAAUUUCAGGCCUAUCACUGACUUUGACGGACCUAUAAUUGUAGGCUGCGAGUAGCUGUUGUUUGUGGUCUCAGUGGUAGUUAAUUUAACAGCAGGAAGCGUGAAUUUCACCUAUCACUGACUUUGACGGACCUAUAAUUGUAGGCUGCGACUAGCUGUUGUUUGUGGUCUCAGUGGUAGUUAAUUUAACAGCAGGAAGCGUGAAUUUCACCUAUCACUGACUUUGACGGACCUAUGAUUGUAGGCUGUGAGUAGCUGUUGUUUGUGGUCUCAGUGGUAGUUAAUUUAACAGCAGGAAGCGUGAAUUUCACCUAUCACUGACUUUGACUGACAAACAAUUGUAGGCUGUGAGUAGCUGUUGUUUGUGGUCUCAGUGUGGUAGUUAAUUUAACAGCCAACACAGAAACAAGCCAGCUAAAAACCUGUCACAGCGAACCGACAAAGGGCUGAUGCUUGAAACGUUAGCUGUUAGGAAAUUCUUCACGAUGGCCGAUUUACACUAACAACUCAGACGAUAAAACCAAAUUAUCGUACUUGUCAAUCAGUUCAUUUUACCUCACUUCUACAACAGUCAGAUAUUUUUUCAAAGUUUUUUUAAGGAAUGAGAUAUAGCCCUGCCAGAGACCUUUCUGUUACAUGAAAAUAUCCUCUUGUUAACUGUGUAUUUUCUCUUUCAGAGCAACUGCUUCAACAAAGAUGAACAAUACUAGCAGUCGUUCACAUGCAAUUUUUACAAUCAAAUUUACUCAGGUAGAGAAGAAAAUCACAAGAAUUUACACAAAGACUUAACCAACUAGGACUAAAUUUAUUAUUAAUUUUGUUGUGAUUGUAUCAAAUAUUUUUCAGGCCAGGUUCAUGGGAGAUAUGCCCAGUGAAACGAUAAGCAAGAUACACUUAGUAGAUCUGGCUGGCAGGUUUGUCUCUCUACAUAUCUCCGUUCUUUUUCUUCAGGUGCAAGUAGUAAAUGUUCCUCUAACUUAUAACUUGUCUUGGUUUCAUUUUCUAGUGAGCGAGCUAGUUCAAGUGGCGCUGCCGGUGAAAGGCUUAAAGAAGGAGCGAAUAUCAACAAGUCUCUCGUAACAUUGGGGAUUGUUAUUUCCACUCUUGGUAAACAAAUCGUUCUUUUCAUUUUUGCAUAAAUGACAGGUCUUAUCAGGCAGUUCUUUCAUUGGAAUGCAGAACUUUCGCCAAGAAAUCAUCUUCUAUUUUCAAUGACUCUACCAGACUUCGCGUAUCAAAAUUUUUAAUGCCUGUUAGAGAAUUCGCCAUAACUUAAUCUCUCAUCAGCAGCAACAAAACCGGCUUUAUGGUGGUAAAUUUACCUAACUGUACUUUUCUUUUAGCGGAAAACUCUAUCAAUGCAUCUUCAUCUGGAUUCAAGCGCCCUUCAUUCAGGAAGAAACUGUUCGUACCUUACCGUGAUUCUGUCCUCACGUUUCUCCUCAAGGAUAGUUUGGGCGGAAACUCUAAGACCGUCAUGGUUGCAGGUUGGUUUCUUAUGGGGAAGAUUUGAUUUUGUUGUUAAUUUUGCAUUCCUUUGUGUGCGAUCAAUUUGUAAAUGAAAGUUUGUUUUUGUUCAGCCAUUUCUCCUGCUGAAUGCAACUACGGUGAAACGCUCAGUACUUUGCGGUAUGCGCAUCGAGCAAAGAGCAUCAUCAACAUGCCGACAAUAAACGAGGUAAACACUUCCUAAGUUACGGUUAGUUUGCAUAUUUUAUGGUGAAGGGUUGUUUAAUAUUUUGAAGCAAGUCACCGCGCAGGCAAUAGUAAGCGCAAAGAAUCGUGCAGCUUUUUCCAAGCGCGGGAAACCAAGCAGCUCAUGCAAAUAACUAUUGCCUUUGGGCAGGGUGGAGAGUGGUUCCACUCUCUCUUCACCCAGCUUGGGGCUGGUGAAAAUUGCUAGAAAAUCACUGCGGCUGAUCGAAGCCAUCACUUGCCAACGUAUUUUCCUCGCAUACUUGAGUUCAGCUUUUUUUGAUAUUGAAAGUAAAGUUGUUUCACUCGGGCUCCCAUAGAAUAGUUGAGAAGUUUCGUUUUCAUAAAUUCUAAGAUUUUUUAAAUUCUUUACUAGGAUCCGAACGUCAAACUCAUCCGGGAACUUAGAUCUGAAAUCGAGCGUCUCAAAGCCCUCAUACGAACUUCCGGAACGGGCGAUGAGGUAAGUUUAGCCACUCUUCGUGAAUCAUUCUUAAUGAUACCAGCAUUGUUCAGUUUUUGACGCUAAUUCCUUAUAUUUUCUGUCAGAAAAAGUCCUUAAAUGACCCCAUGAAAGUCAAUCAGAAACUUCAAGAAAAUCAGGCGCGCGUCGAACAGCUGACGAAAGACUGGACCGAGAAGUGGAAGGAGGCAAAAUCGAUCAUGCAGGUGGGUGGGGAGGGGUCGGUUAGAUUUGUAGGGAGCUGUCUGGCUUUGAUAGCGAGGUAAUUAGAUCUUCUAUGAACUCGACAGUGUGUUUUGUUCUUUUUUAAAGUGAAAAUUAAAAAAACUAGGCGAUUACGUCGCGAGGAUUAACGAUCAUUUUGCGUUUUAUUUUUAUUUUUUAGGAGAGCGAGUUACAGCUUCGGCGUCACGGAUCAUGCGUGGUUCUCGUUGAUCUGGAGCUCCCUCACUUGGUUCGCUUGGAGGAGGAUCCACUCAGAACAGAGAUAAUGCUGUAUCGUGUUAUGGUAAAAAAAAAUAACUGUGUGCAAAUCAAGACAAAAUAAAUUUUUCUUUAUAAAGUUGACGCUUUGAUUGUCAGCCCAAUUAAACUGUGGAAAGGCAACAGGCCCAAUUUUCUACGCCAAAUUGAUUUUGUUUCUCCUGGAAUAUUAUUUUCUGUAGCAUGGAAAAACACAUAUUGGACGAGAAGAUGCGCCAAACCCGCAAGAUAUCGGUAAGUCCACGAUAUUAGACGAUGUAAACGCGUGUAAUGAGAUUUUUGCGUUAUUCGCUAACAGUUCUCUCGUCUGCUUUGCAGCCAUUCAGUUAUUAAAACCGAGUUCUGUGAAAAAUGCCAUGUUUAGAGGUAAACCAUCUAGAUGCUGAUGUUACUUUUCCUUUUUCCUAGUUCUUGAAGGCGAAGAUAUCGACAAAGAACACUGUGUGCUGGAUUUUGUCAAAGGGCGAGUCACGUUUGAGCCGAUUUCUUCAUUGUGUUGGGUAAACGGGGUGGCUGUGUCUCAGCCAACGAAACUAAACCAGGGUAAGUUGAAUUUGUUCUCCUGUGAAACAUCUUUGAGGAUUUUGUCUGUGAUCAAAAUCCCGCCGAGCUGAGAGCUUCUUUUUUUUAGGUUAAUGUAAUUCGGUCGCAUAUUAAGGAAAUACUAGAUUUUUUCCCAUUAUAUUUUUGUGUCUGUAAAUUUCUUCAUCUCCAAGUAGAAUUUUCUUGUUGAUCAUUGUUUAAGCAGUGAUAUUUAAUUAUUGUAGAGUAAACGAAACCAAGCACUGCACAUCAUUUCUCGUAGGUGAUGUUAUUGUUCUUGGCAAGAGCGAUGUGUUCAAAUUCAAUUUUCCAACCGAAGCGGCAAAACUGAGGGAAAAACGGCGCUCUGCUCUGUACACCACGGUGAGUUUUUCUCCCUAUAUCCGAUGGCUGAUUGUCCUCUCUGGCUGCUGCACAUAUGCUAAAAAAUGAAGGGCUUAACAUCAAAAAAAAAAUACACAAUCACGUAAUCGCACCAGCUGUAGAGCGAGACCAUUCCCGCGCGAACACGUAAGAGGACUGCAAGAAAGAAGGAACUCGUGCGCUUUCUUGGAAGAAACGACAGAAUCGUAAUGGUCUUUCUUUUUCUCCCCAGGAAUCGACCGAAUCUUUGACUAAUUUACAUACUUCACCUGUCCGUGGUAGUCAUGGAGACCUGAGUGUGAGAUCCGAUUCCUCUUCACCGAUGACUUUGGACUCUGGGUACGAAGUUUAUUCCAUGAAUCUUGCAAGCUUGUUUAUAUUAAACAUUAAAAUCAAGAGAGGGGCAUCGAGAGAUAACUCAUCAUCACUCUAAUUUCUUUCAGUGUUGAAAUCGAUCUUCCGGGGCCAGAUUCUUUAGAGGAAAUAAAGUAAGUUGAAUUAGUUUCUUUUAAAUUCAAUCUCGCCUAAAUUCUCAUUUUCCUUAAUCGGCUGGUCUGUGAUGACCAUGCCCAUCUGAGCUGUGUUACUGCGUAAUAUUCUACAAUCUCUUACGUUAAUCAGCAGAAAUUAAAAUGAAUGAGAGGACGGAGGGAAACUGUUGAAAAAUAUCCUCCUCUCUAACGCACCCCUCCUCCGAGGAAGGGAAACUUUGAAAUUCCUUUUUAAUUUUUUUUUUGUAUCAAAAUGUGAAUAGUUGUAGUUGCCGGGAUUUCUUACGCCAGGGCGAAACUAGCUGUUCAUCUAGGCUGUACCUCUAACGGUGUACAUCGCUAUUUAUUUUUGCAGAAAUCAAGUGACAGAUUUAAUCGCCAGACACAAAGAAGCAGAAGUCAGGCGGCUGGAGAUAGAGAAAACCUUCCAGACUGAAAUCGAUAACAAGCAGAAAGAGAUUGACAACCAAAAAGAGCAUAUUCAGACAUUGCGCGAGAUUCACGAUGGAAAAUCGCAUAAAGCGCGCGAGGAUCUGGAAGAAGUUCGACUUAACAUGGACAAGAAGCACGAGGAUUCGAGGAAAGAGAUUGAGAAGCAGCUGGAGGAUCUGUUCGAAAUGAAACUUAAACAGUGUAGAGAAGCCGAAGAAGCCGCGGAAGAAAUAGCAAAAGAGAGGGAAGAAGUGGCUCGUUUUAUGGAGGGCGAAUGGCAGAAGGUUGUUCAAUAUGAAAUGAAAUUGGCUGACAUUGAGCUGCACCGGCGGAAAUUGAUUGCUCAAGCAGAGAUCGAACGAGUCCGUCAAGAGGAAUUUCAUGCGUUGGAGAUGGAGAAUGAUUUAAAAGGAUUGGAAGAACAACAAGUCGAGUUGUUAGAGUUACAAGAGAAACUUGAAAUAGCCAAGGCUGAAGCUGAGGGUGAAUUAAAUCGAGAUAAACUGACCUUAGACUCGACUCUUGCCGAAAAUUUAGCCGAACUCGACGAGUUAGAACAAAAAAUCCAGCUAAUAACAGAAAAACACGAUCAGUAUAUGACUUUCCUAGACGAUUCAGUGGGCUCGGAGGAAAAUUUUGACGAAAGAACAGUUACCAAGGUUGACUACAGUGACGCGACACGGAGAAUUUCAGACGCUGGUUUGACAUCUAAAACUGUAGCUUUGGACUUGCGGCAACGCAGACGAGCCAGUUGGAAUUUUCCAUCCAGAAAAUUGUCUGUCUCAGGGGGAGCUAACGAUGACGCAGUAACACAACAACUGCAAAGAUUGUUUGAGCUUAAAAACGAAAAAGAGGAGAUAAUCGAAAAGACACGCACUGAAUUAACGCGUGAGAUCACAAAUGUCGAGUUCUAUGGACGGCAAAUUCUGGAAAACGAGGCUAAAAUAACUGAACUCGAAGAAAUGUACAAAACAUCUCGUCAACAACACGCAGAGAAAAUUCGUCUAUGUUUGGAAAGCUUAAAAAUUAAAGAAGAGCAAGACAUUGCUUUGGUAGACCAAGAUCGUGAACGUUAUGUGGAACUUUUGUGGAAGGAGUAUGGCGAGAUUGAAAGUUUAAUUUCAGAGACGUUUGAAUCUUUGAAUUCCAGCGAUACGCUGGAAGGGGAAACAACAAGCGAUGUCAGAGUAAAUGAUGAAAAGAAACUCGAAAUUCUAAAUUUAGUGAAGAAAAGAUUAAGGCAAAUUGGUAGCGACGAAGAUGUCUUAUUCCUUGAAUACGUCGCUAAACGAGCUCACUUUGAGAAAGAUGAAGACAGAGUUCACGAGCAGCAAAGAAAGAUCUCAGAGAAGAUGAUGGAUGGUAUUAAAGAGAAAGAAGUCGCUCUGCUGAAACUGUCAGGACAAAAGGAACGGUUCCAUGUGGAAAGAGCCAGAGAAAGGCGACUAAUUACUUCGCGUAUAGGAAGGCUGUCUCGUGUGAAGUCAUCUGGUGAUCUGCACAAUGAAGAGGCACUGGAAUUCUUUAAGGAGGAGGCGAGAAAACUUCGAGAGACGUUCGAGAAAGUGGAAGAAAGUGAAAUGAGGUAAGGAAGGAUUUAAAAGAUCUUAAAUUAUCACGUUCAUGCAGCUUUAAAGUCGUGCGCAACGUUUUUCAAAAGAAAAUCAGGGCUAAUUUCUAGCUCGAAUAAAUGAGAGCCUGUGUUGUUGGUGCUUAGGUGAGUGGUCGUAUUUGCAUGAAACACUUUUUCGGUAAAGGGGACACAUCAUAAAAAAACAGGGCCUUGUAGUGCCUUCACGCGCGCCUUAUCAACUCGCCUUCUGUUGGAACGUCAGGGGUUAAAAUCCACCCAAAAUAACUUACAUUUUUCGGUCGAACUACGUUCGUGACAAUCCGUAAAAACCUUAGUUCGUUUAGAGGCUGUCACUUUUGUUCAUUUGAGUCUAUUAUAGCGGAGCUCGCAAAAAAAUAGUAGUAACCCAUCAAGCCGAAAAAAUUUGGAUGUACGACCGUACGACCGUACAAGGUGCUACUUUUAACAUGCGUGGUCAACUGUACUGUUCAGUAGUCCAGUGGUCAGUGCACUGGGCUCCGAGUCGGACGACCCAGGUUCUAGUCCUGGCCGGGGUAAGGCGUUGUGCCCUUGAGACGUGCGGGAAAAAAAAUGGGAGCUCCGCUUUUAGGCUUGGCUAAAUCUAUAUAUUAUUUGACGUGGGUAGGCUUCAAAAUGAGCGGCGGGAGAAAGAAAAUAUCCAUCUGCAGCUGGAAGAAGCGCGAGCAAAACUACGAACCAGCGAGGAGGACAGAGAGGAAUGCGAGGAGAGACUUAAGGAUCUGGAAGAACAAAAACUUCAAAAAGAGAAAGAAAUAUCUGAUUUGAAGAGGCAAAUGGAGGAAGAGAAGCAAAGCUAUUUGGAUAAUCUCAAGUAAGAAUUGCUUAGUUGUCUCCUUCCCAGAUAUUUUCUUUCCCCUAAGGGUGGGAGGGGCACAGCUACCAGAUUAGGCAUUAGCGUGCAUAGCCUUAACCAAUCAGAAACGUAAUGCUACAUCUUCAGUGCAAUUACUUAUGCCCAGUCUCUUGCAGAUGAAGAAUUGAAGGCACGUUAAUAGAAUCCAGAAUUCAUAAUUCAGAAAUUUGCCAAAUAAUUUUUGAGACAAAGAAAAUAAACGUUACUGAAAUAACGGAAAAACUUGUGUUCAAUUGCUGGAUGACCUCAGUCAUCAGGCUCUGUGAUCUCAGUAAUAAACCCGAUUCUGGAAAUUGAAGUAUUGGUUUGGACAAAACUGGAAACAAUUGACAAAAAUAAGUACGCAAAAAUAUGUGCGAACCCGGCAUGAUAUCUUACUUCGUGUUGAAUUAAAAAGUUGCAUUCUUCACCGCCCAAGAUUCUCUGUUGGUUACCAAUCACCACUAAUGUUUUUCUUUGCAGAACUGAAGACUACGAAGUGAUAGAAAAACCUCUUGGUAAGUUCAUUUUGGCUUGGUCAAAUCUCAACAAAAUGAUAUGAAAUUCUCGCUGUGCGAAAUUAUUAAUGUAAACUAUUUUACAUCUGCUUGCAGUAAAUCGGCUUCACAUUAAAUUUCGUAUUCUUGGUAACCACGCUGCGGCAGAGGUCUUAAAAGAGGUAGGUCACGGAUUGAUGCAUAGGUGUUUAUUGGUCAGAUGUCGAAUUAUCUCUACGUGAGCAAUACAGGUUCCUUGAAUAGUUUGUGUCUUACUCAGAAGACAUCCUUUUAUUGUUGAUUUUUUUGUUCGACAAGUUGUCUGUUUUAGGCAUCGACAAGGUUCGCACAGCCCUGAUUUCCCAAAAGAGAACAGAAUUUUCAAAAUUGAAAAUGGGAAUAGUAUGUGAAGUGGAGGCAUAGCCUCAUGAAAUGAACAGUAAGUUCUCAGUUACAAGGUGUGAAUGUUUUAAAGGUAGCCCAAUUUACCAAAAUAACCUUCUCUUGAAUUAGUGCGAUCGGACUACUAUUAAUUUUGGGGCAAACUUUCGACAACUGCGUUUCUGUUCAGAUCAUGUUACAUGAAUCAUAACCUUGAGUCUUGAUGGUGAAAGUACAGUUUUGAUAAAUUCCAAAAAUUAUUCAACUUUCGCGCAGAAAUGAAUACGAACCCUGAAAAUAAUUGGUGAUAAUGCAAGGAAAAAUAUCAAAGAACGUUUUUCUUUUUCAGGCCCUACUUGCUUCAGGUCUUCCCGAGAUGAUCAGAACGGCACCGGUAUCUCUUAGGUCUCCACAGCGUCUGACAAACGACUCUUCUCACGGUGGAUGGACGUAAGAGCUAUUUUUUUUUUCGUGUUUGAUUGCAAUGAAUAUUCUCCUGUCGAGAUAUAGAUUUGGGAUUCGAAUUUGCAGCGCUUUCAAAUAAGUGAAAAAGCCUCACAGGUGUUCGUUCAAAAUGGAAAAAAAUUGUCACGAUUAAAGUGUUACUAUAGUAUCACUUGAAAUUAUUACGUUGUUUGUGGGCUUUUUUGUCACUCUUUGUCCCAAAUAUCCUUCCAAAUCAACCGAAUGUUUUCAGCCAUCAACAACUUAAGAACUGCCGGACGUUUUAAUUUAUAUACUUAAAAGUAUUUAUUCGAUUUCGUAUGAAGCUGGUGCCAGUGUCCUGAUUUAUUCAGUUUCAGGCAAAUUUUAAUGAUUAUGACUUGUGUGUCUCUUUUAGGUUUCACAGUAUUCAGAAAGACGUCACUAUCGUGCGGAAAAGGGAAGAGUGCAGUGGCAGUCUUCUACACUGGUAAGAGUUCUGUAGCUAUUGAUGAGUGAAAGAAUAGAUAACGGACAAAAAAUACGUGGUAGUUUGAUUCUCUCUUUUUAGCUCAAGACUUGGCAUCUUUCUUACUCCAUCUCCGGAACUGUGUGUUAAUUUUUCAGUUUUAUGGGGCGAGGAGUCAUCCCGGCACCACCGCCGACCGUGUGGGAGGCAGUCAAGAACCCGCUGUCCAGAUAUAUUUACGACAGCAUGCUCAAGGUAGACAUGUCGUGCAUCAGUUCAGAUUUAAUAAUUUAAAUGACACAAUCGUGAAACUAUAAUAUAUAUAUAUAUAUAUAUAUUUUUUUUUUUCCGCUGAGGGAAGCUUACCUUGUUUUAGCGAUCUACGCCUCAAAUUGUGUGUGUGUUUCUUUUUUCAAUUUUUUUGCAGAAAAUAAAUAUUGUAGAGCAUGUGGAAGAAGGACUGAAAGCUGGUGAGUUUAGGCAUUUUUAUAAGUGUUAUGUACGUCAAAACAAUAUUCAUUCAGUGCUCGAAUCAUUUUUGAAAAGUUUGAAACAAAAAAACGGUUGAAAGCAAAUCAUUUUCGACAUUUAACUAACGUUAUCAAAUCAGAAAAUGAAGCGGAUUAGAAAUUUCAAGAUGCUAGAUAAAAUAACAAAAUGAAAAACCAGUGAAAAUGUAGAAUGUUUAUUAAACAGAGCGUCGCAUAAAUUGCAGUAGCUUGGCUGUUUUACCAUUAACCUGUGUCUCAAACUCCGAAUCAUUCCUGUUUAGAUAUGUUGAACGUCGAAACUUUGUCUUUGCUUGACGUUUAAAUUAUUUUAGGCAAUAUUUAAUCGCAGUAUUUUACAGCCAAAUGUUUCAACGAGUCGCUCCUUUUUCUGUCCACUUGACAAAUUGUUAGAAUUAUACUGUUGAGAAUUUACGUACUGAUCUUUCCUAAGAGACAAAGAACCAGUUAUUUACACGUGGGAUACCCAAACCGCGGUUUUACACAAGCGGUGGGCCUUAGGUAUUUUCUAUAGGAGGGUUGAUUCAAUUUAGUAAAUGUCCUUCCACUUUUAGAAUUCAGCCCCCUAGACACUGAUCACAAAAUUGAAUGUUCAGAUAAAGGAGACAGAUCAAUUGAAAAUAGUUUAGGGCGCGGUUCGUUAAACAACGGCUGAACUUUGACCCAAUAAUAACCGACCCAAAGGGUUUGCUACUGACGUAUGAUGUUUGUUUGUCACAGUGUAUAUGCUUCAUGAGACGUCUCAGUGCUUUAUGACACAUUCACGCGACUUCUGCUACGUCUCUAAAGAACGCGUUGAGGUAAGUUGAAUCAAACCCUUAUCAUAACGUGGUUUUUAUGAGAUCACAAUUGUUGUGAUAGUGUGUUGCUUUAAACUAAUGCACGGGCUAUUAUUUAUCAGGAGGUGGGUGUUGUUUCGGAAUAUUACGGUUGUGUCUCGACAGAACUUACUUUGCAUCCCUAUGAGAAUCUGUAAUACUCUUUUGAUCUCACCUUCGUUUCGAUUUUCUUAUAUACUUGUACUCUGAUUCCCCCCCUCCGUUUUCCCUGAAAACCAUGUGAUCCAAAAAUCCUCCAAACCCCCCCCCACUUCUGCGAUAAAUAAUGAACCUUACCUAAAACGUCAGAAAACCAAACCUAAAGUGUGAUGAAUGUGGCGAAUUAGGGCAAUAUUGCAAGGAACCAAUGAGAACUCAAUGUAAAGAGAAACAAAAUCCUAAAGCGCGGGAAAACGCGGAUGACCAAUUCGCGAUUCGUUUGAGAUUUGCAUUAAUUGUUCGCGCGGGGGCGUAAGGUUCAUAGUCUAACUAAGGAUUAAAAGUAGUGUGUAUCUGUUGCAAUCCUUGAUUACUUUCGACAAUGAACUGAAAAUGGCGCCGUUGUACCAAUUUUGUUUUUUCGUCUUUUCUGUUUUAGGGUGACAAGUACGUGCUUGCAUCUCAGUCGAUUGAGCAUCCAAAGUGUCCUCUGUCACCUUCAAUCAUUCGGGGACAGGUUGGUGAUAAGAGCCCAGAUGUUUAAUUACGGGAACUAAGAACCUGGAUUGGGACCAGACUCCCUCUGUGAAGAGUUACUUUCGGAGGGGGGGGGGGGGCAGAUUCGUUCCGUUCUCUGUUUUGCAGAGGGGUAACACUAGAAUGGAUAACUAUGAAUAUUUCCGUCACUUGUGGGGAAAACAAUAUUUUUGUUGAAGGUUUUCUUAUCUUGUCCAGUAACCAAUGUGGAAAAUAUCCCAGACAAGAAAAAGCAUUCUACGAUUAUUAAGCUAUCUUUCUUGAAUGUUCCAGGGCAAAUAACGUAACAUUAUCAUUUCUUUUCAUAAAAGAUUAUGUCCAGUGGAUGGAUUGUAGAACCGUUACGUGUUGAAGGACAAGAAAUGUCUCUGGUGUGGUACAUCACCAAGGUAAUUUCUUACUUUUUAAUUAGUUUCACUCUCACUCUAUGGGAGACCCAUCGCCCAAAUGUUCAGCGCGCCUUACUCUGAAUCAGAUCCAAGCCUGAACUAUUUCCAGUUUUUAGUUGAGGUGUGUUUUUGCGUAAGACGCUAUCUUCUCACCAUGCCCCUCUCCAAUCAGGAGUACGGAUGGGUAGCGAUUUACAGUCAGCGCAGCUAGGAUGAUGCGAUGCGACAAGCAUUCCAUCCAACAGGAACAACACUACGCCUAGUCACUGAGUGCCACAGAAACUGACUGCCUUUAGCACUGAGAGGUUUAAUUUAUCAGUGUAGCUUUGCUUUCUACUUAUUUGAAAUUUUCUGUCUUCAGGUUCAUCUUGGUUCUUCUACGCUACCCUGGCGACUGAUCGACCUACUAUCCAAACGCCAGCCCCUCAGUAUUGCGUUCUUACGGAGCUACUUAACACCUCCUUGAGAAUGCUGAUUAAUGACAGCGCACGGCACCAUUAGAAGUAAAGAUGGCCGCUGGAGUCAAGAUAAGGAACUCUUGCAUAUUCAGAGAGAUGAGUGUGUGUAUUUCAGGAGAAAAAAUUAACUCUACGUGUAGUGUAAGUCUGUUUAUCUCAGUCAGAAUUAUUGUGUUUACCUGCUUUAAGAAAAAGACAUAACAAGAGUGUUAUUGUGUGCAGCAGCUUGUUAAUAUAAAUCGAUAAAUGUCAUUAGAUUCACUGCAGAAGACAUUUGAAGCAUAGGCUUUGAACGUUUAAAGCAGUUUUCAACUGGGUGUCGAAAAAUCAACCCAAACUAAUCACGGCAUCCAAUCAGAAGAAAGCUUUUAAACAUUGUAAGUAGCCAAUGAGAACGAGUGACUCACUCACGAUUGUUUGUUUGUUUGUAGUUUAGGAUCUGAUUGGUUGAGAGAAUGGCGCGAGUUUUCUCGACCAAUCACAGAGAAGAGUUAAGUAAAAAGACCAAAGCAAUUCCAGAUGUCUUUCGACACUCAGUUGAAAAUUGUUCUAUAGUGUUAAAAAUAACAGAUUGAAAACAAAUAGGAGUGUAAAACACUCAAAUAUUUAGUCCAAAUUGGAAUAUUUUCUUGUUCACUUGCAUGUUUCAUUAUGAUGAAGGAGUAUUUUAUCUAAGGAUAAAAAAGAAAUAAAUAAAAAUUUUUUGUAAUAGGACAAAUUAAUUAAUAUUUUGGGGAAGUAAGACACAUUUAGAAAUAGUUGGUGAGUUUAGAAGGAGCUUUCUCGCGAUUUUAAAUGUAUGGAGGAUAAUCGUGUUCUAGUAAUUUUGAUGUGCUUUUGUCAGUUUUCUAUGCUUUACAGCCAAUUACAAAGAGCUGGGCAUUUAGAGGGCUGAAUUAAGAUGUUUUUGAACGGGAACACUUGUGAUGUAAUUGUAUUUCUGUGCCAGUGGGAUAAGAUAAAACUAAAUCGCACAAAAUUAAAAAGAUGCAAAUCGCAUAUGAUUGUGUGGCGAUCUGAUUGGUUAAGUGGUUUAAAAAGUCAACAAGGAUUUAUUAAGCUUAGUCUUUGCGCCCAAUUUAGAACUUAGUUUAUUGUUGACGCGAACGGCAAAGAGGUUUACCUUUUCAGAUUUUUUUCCUUGUCUAUAAGCUGCUGAAUAUAUGUGACAGAAAAGUAAAAGCAUUUUUCACAACAAAUGCGAAAAUUUUAAUUUUCUCAGAGCUCUGCUUAAACAAGACCCGGGUGCCAAAGGCGAUAAACUUUUCCGUCUGGACAAUUUGACUGACCGAUGGCCCUUAUGAAAGCUUUUAAGAGUUAAGCGCAGUUUAUUUCUGAAACCAGAUCCUCCAGGUACCUGGUGAUUUUCGAUCUCAGGAUUUAGCCUUCAACUUUAUUUUCAAACGUGGAAAAGGCUGAAUUGAAAUUGUCACUGUUCGCCGUUUGUUGGUCGUGUCAAUGUAGCUCUACAUCUAAAUCUUUCUCAUUUUCUUCGAGCAAAUGAGAAAUGUUUUUUUGUUCCUUUUAUUAAUUAAUUUAUACAGAGUAUUUGUGUACUCAAUGAAAUGUCUUUGCCACAGAAACAUUUCCGCGAAGAAUACUUCUCAGUGAAAUCCACUAAUUAAAAAGUAAAAAACUGUAUUGAAAUUGUUUAAAUUUAUCCAAAUUUUACCUCAUCUAUUAUGCACUUUCGUUACCUUUUGUUUUCUCUUAACUUAUUGCAAUUAUAAUUCUGCACAGGUGUAAAGAAAAUUUUGUUAUGUUCUUGAGGUUCUCAAACUGAGAACAACGCGCUGAAACAGUUCUUCAAGUUAAUUCCUAGGCUUUGCUACACAUGUGAUUUGCAGCUAGUAAUAA